GGAAAAGCCAAAGUCUAAGGCCAUAAACAUGAGUACUGGUUCCUGGCAGGGAGAGGCUGGUGCUUGGCACAGAAGUCUCCAGGCUGGCCGGCCAGAGUCCAUGGCAGCCAAUGCACUCACAGCCGUUGCGGGUCCCAGUUCCGGGCCCGGGGGACUCCCCCCGUACCCGGUCCUUGGCCUGGCCCAGCCAGGGCGCACCCUGGGCAGUCAGCCCAGCAACUGGGCCCUCACCGAGCUCUGGAGGAGCAACUGGACGAGCGGCAGGCUCGUGGCGGGGAUGGGCGUCUUCCACCUCUUACUCGGCUCGUUGACCCUGGCCUUCGGGAGCGCCCUGACCGCCUUCGUGGCUGAAGUGCACCUGGUGGUGCUGAAGUCUUGGUUCCCUUUCUGGGGGGCCGCGUCUUUCUUCGCCUCUGGGGUCUCAGCACUGAUCAUGGCCAAGAUGCCCAAAUCCUCUCUGUCGCUGUGCCUGGCAAUGCACCUUGUCAGUGGCCUCUGUGUGCUGGCUGGCCUCUUCGUCCUCUCCAAGGACCUCUUCCUGGAGUCCCCAUACCUCUGGCCAAUCUGGACACCGUACCCCAACCCCAUGGCCUCCCUCCAGUGGCUGGAGCUGGCACUGUUCUGCAUCUGCUGGGUGGAGCUAGUCCUGCCCGUGCCCACGAUCAUGGCAGCCCACAGAUGGCGUCGGCGUGCAGCAGAGGACAGGGGUGGUGUCUCGCCAGCUCCCAGGGUGCUGCCGCUGGAACUCACACAUCCAUCACCCGGGCCCCCACCGUCCUAUGAAGAGGCGACUCGAGGUGAUGCCUAAGAUGAGUGGGGUCAGCUGUAAAGAGGCCCUGGGCUGCCAGGCCUCUGGGGUGCACAUGGCCCCCUGCUCUGCCAUGGAGGAGCCGGCCUCUGACCCGACACUGAGCCUCUGUGGCUUCAGAAUGCACUAGGCCAACAUUUGGGAUGAACACUGAUUCUGUGGGACAAGAGGGCACAAGGGGCUCGCAACCGCACAUCUGAAGACAGGUGCCAACUUAUACAAUCAGACUCAGCCCCUUCCCACUUAGGCCCAGGUGUUUGCAUGUAAAACUGGACGCAGGGCUGCAAUGCAGGACACUGACCUCUAAUGUCAUGAACAGCAGCUCCCUGGACGGCACCCUAUGGGAAGCACACAGUCUCCCAUGCGGAAACCAGUGUCCUAAACUCAAAAUGCUCAACUGAGAUUCAUCUGGCAUUAUUCAUGUAGAUUCCGCAUAGGCUGAACUUGGAUUUUUUUGGCUCAAUGACCCUUCUCUCUCACAUGUCCACAAGGCAUUUGGGGCCCCUGGAAUUAUUUCUGGAACCCAUGGUGAGUCAGGCAUUCAUAAGACUGUCUGAGCCUGGGGACACUGAACUAGGGAUGUCCUUUAGUCUGGCCAGCUCUGGGACUCAGGGUUGCCACAUGCACCAAAAAAAAUGCAUGUGACCACACACUUGCAAGGCAGGUUGCUUAUGCUGCUGAGCCAAAUCCCUGGCCCUACAAUUAAGUUUUUUCUUGGCAUAGUAGAGAAGCAAGAGCAGAAAAAGACACAAGAAAAAGGGCCUUUAUUGUGGGCAUGGGAGAACUACAGAAGAGUGCAAGGUUCCUCCAGCAGACAAGCUGUGGGCUUUUAUUCAAUUUGACAGGGGGUAGAGUUUGAAGGGGUAGGCAGAGUGGCGUUGUGACAGCUGAUUGAGGGACUAUUGGCGCCUGUGGGAAAAGUGGGAAGUUUGAUUUGGGGCUUGGAAGAAGAAGUCAGUAUUGGAAGGAGGCGUUAUCCUUGCAGGGUCCAGCCCCUCGCUGGGCCAGCACAUGCAGAGCCGUGUGGAGUUUCACAGGAGUGAAACCCACCUAGGCUUCUCGCAGCCCAGAUGGGCGUUCAGUGACCAUGGAGCAGAUAAACCAAAAGCCUUAGGCUCAGGUCCACCCCAGUCCUGGGGAGACACUGCCCAGUGUCCCUUGGGCAGGACGAGAUGGACUAUGGGAACAGAGGACUCAGAAUAGAGGGCGCAUCCAGGAGCUACAGCCUGUUUAGGGCCAAGUGAGAGUCUCUGAGGAUACAGGACUCACUCAACUCCCAGCCUCGGCUGCCUCCCCCAUGGGGUGGGGGUGACAGGCUCUUGUCGAGGGGCUCUCAGAACACUUUAGAGUCCAAGGGCCAAGGCAUGGGAGGACCCAGGAGGGUCGCCAUGCCUUGGGAAAAGGCUCCAUGGGCGCUGCCUGCUCUAACACAGGCCCAGCCCUCCUCACCAACCACACCCUGGGCGUGACACCCGCCCCCAGCAUGUGCUGGGAAUCAAUGAGGUCUUAUUUCCACCAAGUAAACGUCUGUGGCAGUUUUCA